GGGCGCGCGGGGCGGCCGGCGGCGGCGCCAGAGACCAUGGCGGGGGAGGAGGCCGAGGUCGCCCGCGCCGCCGACAAGGAGCGAGAAGCCGCGGACGGCGGGUACGACGGCAAGUGCGUGUUCUGCAGGAUCGCCCGCCGCGAGGAGCCGGGCACGGCGCUCUUCCCAUGCCAGUAUGAAGACCUUGUUUGCUUUAGAGAUAUCAGACCUGGUGCCCCCCACCACUAUCUGGUGGUGCCAGUGGAGCACAUGGGAAACUGCAAAACACUGAAGAGGGAGCACAUACCCAUAGUGAAGAGGAUGAUGGAAGUUGGCAAAGCUGUUCUCCAGAGAAACAAUUUUAGUGAUUUGAAUGACAUACGAAUGGGUUUUCACUGGCCCCCGUUCUGCACAAUAUCUCAUUUGCAUCUUCACGUCCUGGCCCCAGCCAGCCAGUUGGGCUUCUUAUCCAGACUCGUGUACAGAAUCAAUUCCUACUGGUUUAUCACGGCUGAGCAACUGAUUGAGCGACUGCAAGCUGAAAAUGCUGCCAGCUGAAAGCACUCUCUUAGCCUUCUGUUGCUAGUCAGUUUGUUCUUUGAACUCUGAUUUAAGGGUGCACAGUUUGACAUUGCCAAUAAUACACCAGGAUAAAAAAAGCCUUAGUUCCUUAUGAGGAAAUCCACAUAGAAUUUGUAGCUGCCAACCCAGUUCUCCCAUUUGGAUAUUUGAGUCUGCAUACCUCUCUGACAAUGAGGCAAUGUACUUCAGUUCUAAAUUUAUGUUUGUGUGCGUAUACAUACAUAAUCCACACAGAGAGAUAUGCACACACGCGGAGAACUUUUCCUAGUAGAAGGCAGGCUGUAGCAGCAGAAUGUAUACCAACUAAAGCAACAGGUUACUACUAACAGCACAGACUGGGUACCAAAGGGAAUGUCUGUUGCAGAAUCAAGCUUUUAUUUAAAAGAUCUGCAUUGUUCUGGAAUUCAAACAUUUAUGUUUCCAUCUGUAUUUGUGUAAUAUGAUACUUACGCCUACUUAUUAGUAGGUACGUUGCUGAAAGUACACUACUAAUUUUCUGGUGCUAAAUUACUUAAUAUAUUCACCCAUCUUACUUGCAUGACAAUGACAUAGUAAAUAAUACAAUAGGUGCCCAAGAUGUGAUAAUGAGAUAUAUAUAGAGAGAGAGAGAAUAUACUUUAAAUGUGUGUGUCGGUGUUUGUGUGUUGGACUUUUGAAAUUUGUUUCCCUCUUACGUGCACAAUAUUUUAAGUUAGUUACUGUCUGUUUAAAAAGGCUGAAGAGUUCAGAGGAAUUGAUUUAAUAUACUGCUCUUUGGCACAGUGGUAGGAAAGAAAAUCCAAAUUUUUAUAUGGUUCUGAUACUGUCCUCACUGGACGUCCCCUGGAGAUUACUAAUGCCGUGGCUAAAUUUGAUUUAAAAAUGAAGUCAUGAGAGCAACGUGUCUUUAGUGCAGCGAGUAUGUGGCAGGCUUGCAUAACAGCAAUCUGAUUUGGAUUUGGGAGAGCAGGGACUCAGCCCAAAACUGGCAGAUGUUGGGUUGCAUUAAGGAACCUGCUGAGCAUUUGCCUUUGCCGUAUGACACUAGUCAGUGAUGGUAGCAUUCUGUUUUUCAGUACCAUAUUAAGGCAGGCUGUUUGAGAAGUUAAAGCUCCAGAACACGCGGAGUAGAUUUUCUUUCUUUGCAGAGCAUGUCUCGUGGUGCUGAACUAACCAAGUGUCCUUGGCUGCGGCAUUUAGGUGCAGCUGAGGUGGUGGUGGUCUGUUGCACCCACAAGCUUCUUGAACGUCAUUUUCUCAGUGUUUUCCACUGAUCCAGCACCUUUUGCCUUAGUGGUACAAUGUAUUGUAAUAUUCUUACGGAAAACUACAUAUAGUACUUCAGAAAGUUCACACCCUAUUGAAGAACAAUGUUUUCUACCCAGAAGAGUUUACGCCUCCCUUUUCUGUAAGAGCUUGUCCCUGAUGUCUUCUUGUUCUUAUUAGUGGGGGCCCACAGCCCUUUAGGGUUUUAAUUUAUAACAUUAGGUAGGAAGAAUGUGAAUUAAAGCCACUGAACUGUGCCUACUGUGCAAUAGAUAGAUAGAUAAGGAGGUUUGAAAUGGCACCUAGCUUUAUGAAAUAUUAUCUGUACAUGAAGAUCUUUUGAGAGUUAAUACUGUGUAUGUGUUCCAAUUUGUAAUUAAUUUAUGUAACGGUACUUAAAGUGUGAUGUGUAACAUUUAAAAUACCAACAUGAACUGUUGUCAAAAAGGAUUAAUAAGCAGAAUAAAAGCUAAACUUGGAAUGAUC